AUGCGAGCGAGACGCAGGACGCCAAUUCUCAUUACCUUUAUAACCAAAGCUGGUGCUGAUCUAACUCUUCGACAACAGUUUUAUGAGGUCAAGAAAAAAGCAUCGGUGACUCAAGACGGGUCGGUGGAGUGUAGCUUUACUUUUCUAUCACACCGGUUUUGCUCAAAGUCAGAAUCGUUUGUUAUUAAAAAUUUGCCCAGUCCGUUGCAACGCAAGCCUGGUCUGUAUGUUGCCUACAACAUUGACAACUAUUUUGCAAACGAACCGUCCUGA